UCAAGAAGCAGAUCACCACCCUCUCCUACCCAUACCGAUCAGUCAACCCAGAUCGCAGCAGCCGGCGAUGGCCGUGGUUUCGUCGGCCGUGGACGUGGUGGUGGCGCUCUUCUCGCUGACCAUGGCCGUGGCGGCGCCGCUGUUCGACUCCCAGGUCGUCCUCCCGCCCGGCCUCUACCCGGCGCCGCUGGUGAGCAUCUUCCGGUGGUUCGUCGCCGAGUUCGACCACUACGUCGUGGCCGACCCGCCGCCAUUCUUCCGCGGCCUCGUCUGGCUCGACCUCGCCUUCCUCUGGCCGGUCAGCGUCGCCAACCUCUACGGCGUCCUCGCGCGUCGCCGCUGGUCCGCCGCCACCUCCCUCAUCGCCGGCGUCCACAUGCUCACCUACUUGUCCGCAAUGUUCGGGGAGAUGUUGGGCUCAGGGAGAGCAACACGGAAGCUGCUUGGGUUGUACGCUCUGUUCGUUGUUUUUGCUGUAGCUUCAGUUGUGCGUGGCCUCUGCUGGCGCUCAACACAAGCUACACCGGCAGGUUCGUCAGCUGCACAUCCGCCUAAGAAGAGGGUCUAGCCGUCUAGGCCUCUGGGACAGCCCUGGUAUAUCACACGUCAGGCCGUGUCCAACGGUCUGAGCUAGUAAGGGCGUGUUUGAAUUCUUAGAUUAAAAUUUAGUUUUUCUCACGUCGAAUGUUUGGAUGCUAAUUAAAAUGAUUAAGAAUGAGCUAAUUAUAAAACUAUGCAGAAGCCCAGGGCUAGUUCGCGAGAUGAAUCUAUUAAGCCUAAUUAAUUCAUCAUUAGCAAAUGGUUACUGUAGCACCACAUUGUCAAAUCAUGUAUUAAUUAGGCUUAAUAGAUUCGUCUUGCGAAUUAACCUCCAUCUGUGCAAUUAGUUUUAUAAUUAACCUAUAUUUAAUACUCCUAAUUAGUAUUAAACAUUCAAUGUGACAGGAGCCUAGUAUCUAAUAGCUUUAAUCCAGGCACAGUAGCACACAGUGACUCCAGAAGCGUGCGUGUGAGAGGGGGAGGCGUUGGAGAGUGUGCGAGACCGGCGCUUCGCAUGCGCUACGAUUUUUGCACUGUUUAUCGAGUAGAACAUUAUUUCCGGUAGCUCUAAGCCACCCGUUGGAGGAGGCCUUAGAAGGGAAGAGCUCUUCACUUGAAACUCGAAAAAUUGUACGUAGGAUUUAUUGUACACUUUCAUGAUAGUUCUGGACAAAUCAGUUAUUAUAUAUUUUCUCAGUGUUUCAACAAUUAUGGUGAACGAACAAGCAAAAACAUAAUUGAUUGCAAAGCGCUCAGUUCAAAUUGUCGUGGAUCUCUGCUCGGUUAUGUUCAGCAUUGCUCUACUUAGUGGUCCCUGUUUUCAAAAUUCAAACUCAAAAGCUGACCAUUUUGACCUAGCAGUCCUGAAUUUUUUUCCCUAGUUGUGCACUAACAAGAGAAGGAAAUGGUGAGCAGUGAAGUUGAUAAGGUAUAUUUGUUUAGGUGAAAAGGCACACGCCAUGUUGUUAUCUUCAAAAAUACAGAAACGAUUUUCAUUAUUUCCCCUGAAAUAAGAAAUUGCAACGAGAACAGCAAGCGAUCUGGUAAUGGACACUGCACGUGUUUCUGGAUCUGUGCCUCAAACAGUCUCAUCUUCUUCCCGGUGCCCAGGGGCCUGUUUUCCCAAAAUCCCAACUUUGAUACUAUGCAAAAGAAGAUUCACCAUCACAUCAA